AUGGGAUUUGCUGAUGAGCUGCAGAUUCGUUUCGGUCAGCGACUGUUGGCCAAUCACUGGCUACCACCUUCACUAACGCCUCUGCUUCGAAUAGCAGCGAUUGCUCUGCGACAGAACAUCGAAACGAAGCAAGUCGAGAGGACGUCGAUCGGCAGCAAUACUGAAUUAACAGUGGACACUAUCGGCUUCAUGGAAUCGGAACUGCAAUCACUGAGGAGACAGCGCGAUGCGAAACAGGUGCAGCAAGCAGCUGAGCAAAACAACCGAGAACAACAAACACAAAGCCAAAAAGUAGGGAGUGAAGGUUUAUCACUACAGCGAAGUGCAUUGUCACCAAAACCAAGACCCCGU